AUGGAACAAAGGAAACUUUAUGAGGAGAGGUUGAGGAAGGAGAGGGAGGAGGAACUGAAAAAACAGGCUGAAGAGGAGGAAAGAUUGAAAAAACAGGAGGAGGAAGAAAGGGAAGAAGAGGAGUUAAGGAGGCUCCUAGUGGCUAUGGAGGUCCCAGUUAGGGAUGCUGAUGCACCUGAGGUUGUGUGUAUGUAUGUGAGGGUUUACUCAUCACAAGAGCAUGUUGAGGUAUUUCCUAGGGAUUCACAACCCACACCAUCACAGAACCAACCUUCACCACCACCUGCAUCUCCACCUUACAACUCACCUCCAACUACCACACCUUCACAACCACAAGAACCUCCCUCACCUUCACAUGUCAGUCCACCUAACCACUCAACACUACCUCCUUCACCUCCAACUGCCAGACCUUCACAACCCCCCUCACCUCCCUCACCUCCACCUGUCAGUCCACCUAAAAUCUCAACACCACCUCCUUCACCUCCAACUGCCAGACCUUCACAACCCCCCUCACCUCCACCUCCACCACCUAGCCCUCAUACUGAAUCACCACCACUUCACUCACCUCCACAACACUCAACACCACCACCCUCAACUGAACAACACUCAACACAAAUUCCACCUUCACAACCCCCCUCAACAGAACCUUCUCCAAGCAAAGAAGGGCAGUCAUCCAAGAAAGGUCCUUCUAGGACAAGGCCUUCUGGGUUUAGGAUAUCUAAAAGCACUGCUGUUAAGUUUGGGAUUCCAAGACCUAAGAUGAAAGCUGAUGUUAGGAAUACUAGGUCCAAGGGGAAGGUAACUGGGAGCCAACCUGAGGUGAGUGAGCAAAGUAGUGAGGAUGAGAGUGAUGAAGAUUUUGAGUUGUUGGAUGAUGAUGACAGCAGUGGGGAUGAGAUAUUUGACACUGACUUCAUAGAGGAUGAAAUAAUAGUUGAUGCUGAGGAUGAGAUAGGUGACAAAGAGUUUGAGGAUCACCUUGAUGGGAAUGCACCAACAGAUAAGUUGUAUGAAAAUGGGAAAAUUUGGAGGGAAGCACCAUUGAUCAAUCAAAUUGCAGCCUUGGCUUAUCUUCCCUAA